AUUCUAAUGUCACCAUCCUCGUAGCGAAGCCGCAAAAACUGCCAAAUGCUCAAUUCACUUCACUUACCUUACCAGAAAAAAAAAUAUUAUCCUGAAUUUUUAUUAUUGCUUAAUUUUUUAUAAUUAUAUCAUUAAUAAAACUAUUUUACAUAAUUUUUAAAUUAAAAUGACAUAAAUGUAUGAACAUGUGAAUAGAGAGAGAUUGGGGAUACCAAUUUGUCCAAAACAAAAUCUUGUAACUUGGAUUAAGAGAAUAUAAACUGCUGAAGAAAAAAAAAAGUUGAAAAAACCAGUGAACACGAGUUUGCAGCCAUAAAAAAAGCAAAAGCGCGUUUUGCAGUGCUGUGUUGAGGUACUCUCUAAUGCUAUCUCCGAUGGCUAUCUCGGCGCACCUCUGUCGUCUUCCCGCGACUCGCACUGACCUCGCUUUACCGGAGACUCUCACCAGAAUUCGCUGCCGGAAACCUUUCUCCGUCCGAUGCUCCGGUGAUUCUUCUUCACCGUCCGUUUCUGUGGAUUCCGAUUUCGAUCCGAAGGUGUUUCGGAGGAACCUGACGAGGAGUAAGAAUUAUAACCGCAAAGGCUUUGGAUACAAAGAGGAAACCCUCCAACUGAUGAAUCGCGAGUACACCAGUGACAUAAUUAAGACUUUGAAGGAAAAUGGGAAUGAGUAUACAUGGGGUACUGUCACGGUGAGGCUGGCUGAAUCCUAUGGAUUCUGUUGGGGAGUUGAGAGAGCUGUUCAAAUUGCUUAUGAGGCCAGGAAACAGUUUCCUAAUGAGACAAUAUGGCUUACCAAUGAAAUCAUCCACAACCCCACUGUUAAUAAGCGGCUAGAGGAGAUGAAUGUGCAGAAUCUUCCUGUAGAUGAAGGUAGAAAACAAUUUGAUGUAGUCAACAAUGGUGAUGUAGUCAUAUUGCCUGCUUUUGGAGCUGCAGUGGAUGAGAUGUUGACUUUGAGUGAGAAAAAGGUUCAAAUCGUUGAUACAACUUGCCCAUGGGUUUCAAAGGUAUGGAAUACUGUUGAAAAGCACAAGAAAGGAGAUUAUACCUCCAUAAUUCAUGGUAAAUAUGCCCAUGAGGAAACUGUGGCAACUGCUUCUUUUGCUGGAAAGUAUAUAAUUGUGAAGAAUAUGGCAGAGGCUGAAUAUGUUUGUGACUAUAUUCUUGGUGGUGAAUUUAAUGGAUCCAGUUCAACCAAGGAUGCCUUUUUAGAGAAAUUUAAAUAUGCAGUUUCUGAGGGCUUUGAUCCAGACAAAGACCUGGAGAAACUUGGCAUUGCAAACCAGACAACAAUGCUCAAGGGAGAGACGGAAGAGAUUGGGAAACUAGUGGAGAGGACUAUGAUGCGCAAAUUUGGUGUGGAAAAUAUCAACGAGCACUUCAUAAGCUUCAACACAAUUUGUGAUGCUACUCAGGAGCGACAAGAUGCUAUGUACAAACUGGUGGAGCAGGAUAUGGAUCUUAUGUUAGUAGUUGGUGGAUGGAACUCUAGCAAUACAUCGCAUCUGCAAGAGAUUGCUGAGGAACGUGGAAUUCCUUCAUAUUGGAUUGACAGUGAGCAAAGAAUUGGUCCAGGAAACAGAAUAGCUUACAAGUUGAACCAUGGAGAGCUGGUGGAGAAAGAAAAUUGGCUCCCAGAGGGUCCAAUAACAAUUGGUGUAACAUCUGGUGCAUCCACACCAGACAAGGUUGUUGAAGAAGUGCUUAUCAAGGUCUUUGACUUGAAACGGGAUGAAGCAUUGCAACUUGCGUAAAGUAGGUUUGCAUACAUGCAUUGUCAAUGUAUAAAUGAGACGAGGGACUUAAUUCACUGGGUCUAUUACAGUCCCAUGUAUUCUAGAAUUAAUUAAUAACAAAAGUUCAAGAGUUCUUAUAGCUGCCUCAUGUAUUGUUGAAUUAAUACAGUAAAAAAGUCAAGGCAAGUGGUUCUUCUUAAUUCAGUUGCAAUAGCAACCUGUACAUUGUGGACGUAUCAAAUUCAAAUUGAGGAUUCACUUUUCAAUUACUUAAAUGAGGGUCCAAA